AAUCUUAGAGUGCAGGUAGGAAAGUAAGGCAAAGCAGAAAGGUAGUUUGGAGUCACACUGCCAAGAGCCUUGCUUUAAACAAAUGAAUGACCGUGUUAUCAGUUAUUGAAACUAUCCUCUCUUUUACCCUAAGACCUUUUCGGUUCCCUGGUUUGGACUAGAAGCACUUGACCGUGCAAUGGGGGCAUGGAGGGUCUCCCAUAGGGCGUCGGGAAGACUCCAAAGAAGCAGGGCAGGGCUGGGCUGGGAUGAGUCCUCGGCCUUUUGGUCAGGGCCAAGGCCGAGGCUGGGGCUGGACAGCUCAGGAGGAGGCGGUCACAUGGUAGGGCGGGAGCCAGCGCGCCUUCUUCAGGGGUACCCCCUGUCUCAGUUCUGCCAGGCCAGCAGCUGCGCUUCUCAGAGACCAGGAGACGCGCGGGGCACCCGGACCAACCCCACCAAGCUGCGGGGACUUGUGAGAGAGCUGCCAUCGCGCGGGGCAAGAGCUGCUUCAGCCGCCACCUCCUACUCUGAGCCCUGCGACCCCAGAAGCUGGAGCUGCAGCAGCAGCGGUGACAGCAGCAACAGCAGCGAAGGCAGCCCCAGCAGUAGCAACGGGGAGAGCAGCGAAGACAGCAGCCACACCAGCAGUAACAACACCAUGGACCUCUCAUUUAUGGCAGCCCAGAUUCCUGUUAUGGGAGGGGCUUUUAUGGAUUCGUCCAAUGAAGAGUUUAGUACAGAAUACUCCUUGUUUAACUCAUCGGCCAAUGUCCACACAGUCACUUCUGGGCCAAAUCAACUGGAAGAACCACCUCGUUCUUCCAAUGAUGUCAUCUUAUUAUGGAUUGCCAUAAUUGCCACCAUUGGGAACAUAGUGGUGGUAGGUGUUGUCUAUGCCUUCACCUUCUGAGCAAAGCAGAGAUUGAGCAGCUGGUGACCAGCCUGGGAAUGCGUCCUGACCCUGCCAAGUGGAAGGAGUUGCUGGUGUGAACUCGUGUGCAGCAGAACCUUGCUGGCAUGAACAGCCAGUAACUAACCGUGUGCUUUUUCACCUUGCCCUCAUAGAAUUAGGUCAGGCUGUGCCAAGAUACUGGUCGCUCCAUCAUUUAGUUCUUAACAAAGUCUAGAAAUGAAAAUUGACAAAUAGGCUCAGCCCUCAGUUUCUGCAUCGUCUUUUCAAAGUCUGGUGGUAGAAAUCUAAAUAGAGCUAAAAUGAGUAUUAUACUUUGAACAUAGUUUGGCUUAGACACGUAACCACUAUGCCUUCUUGAGGCUCAAGGUUCAUUUGGAAAACUAGGAAAACAGAUUAACUUGUACAUUUUUCUUGCUUUUUUUUCCCUUCCAGUUGGAUUUUCUGUUCUUUUUUUGUGAGAAGAGAAGGAAAAGUACUUGGGCAAUGAUAUCUACUACCAAAAAACUAAGUUACGCAGUACUCAAAAACUGAUAUUUUUAUCAUAGAAAGAAUGUUUUUUAAUCUCCUUCUGGAAACUAGAGAUGGUCAUAACCAGAUACUAUGUUAGACGUGAUUUAGUCCAAACCCUUCAUUUUUUUCCAGAGUAGAAAAGUGAGGCUCAUACAACUAUUUAUUGCCUAAAGUCACAUAGUCAGUCAGAGAGCAGCAACCAGAACCUAGGUUUCUUUGUUACUCACCCACUGAUAUUUCCACAAUGCUUAUCUCAAAAAUUACCAAGUUUUCUUUUUCAUGAAAGGAGAAACAGUCUUUGAUGAGGUAACUUGGGAAUACUUUAUAUUAUGCCACUUAUAUAAAGGGACAGUCCUGCCGGCUACAUUUCAGAGUUUAAAUAUCUCAUGAAUAUACUUGUGGAUGCCUCAUUUUAUUCCCAACUUCCUUGUGGAAUCAUGCAAUUCUUGGAUGAAAGAGCAGGUCAAGAGGUGCUGAGGAGAGAAUUUCUGCCACUGAGGUUCAAAUUGGAGUCCACCUUUUCUUUCCAUAGUCAUGCUGCUUCCCUCAACAGCUUCAAGAUAACAGCAAUUCCACAGGAAAUGGAAAAUGAAAGGGAAUGGAAGCCCCUUUCCAAGAACCUGUAAUUCUUUUCCCUAUUAUUAUAAGAGAGCCUGCUAUAAGUAUAUUAUAUUGGUAUUAUUCAUCAUUAAUAAAAGUUAAACACAAUCUUUUCCACCUGGGGAUAGAAAUUGUUAUCAUAAAAUGUUUCAAUUUGCCCAGGCCAUCAUUCAGGAGAAUGAGUGAUUUUUAGGACAGAGAAAGGGAAUCUAAUUUUUUGAGUUGAUACCAUCAAGUGACUGAUGCUGAGAUACUAUGGCAACAGAAUUAUCAGACAGACUUUCUGACUGUGGCUGCAGAUUGACUCCAAAAGAGAAUUGGUUAUAUCUCUUGCUUGCAGCUAGACAUCCAGGACUGAAUACAGUGGAAGCCUCUGAAAGUUUGCAAAGCAUGGAUCACGUCAUCAUAUUCUAAUCACCAGAAAAUCAUCAUUGUGUGAAGAAAGAAGUUUGGUAGGCAAGCUGGGCCACUGGCUUUAUACACCUAUCACUGUGCAAUGUUCUUUGAAUUUGUGGUUUGCCACAUUUUCUUAUUUAAAAAAAAAAUAUUUCAGGACUGUCCACUCCUAAAAAUGAAGACUUUCUUGACCACUGGAGCUUUGUUGCAAGGAUCAAUUAAUUGAUCAGCAAGCAUUUAUUUAAGGUCUACUGUAUGUCAGCCACUGGGGAUACAAAAACCAAGAAAUUAAAAUGAAACCGUCCCUGAUUUCAAGGCUCCCUUUUGGACACUGCAGUCUCAGAGAAAUAUUUCAGGCUGGAAAUGUCCAACAAAGAUGUUUUCAAACUGUGGAAAAUUCCUACAGGUUUUAUAAAUGUAUGUCAUUGGCUUGGUUUCCCAUUCCCUAUAAUCAUAAAAUCUUACAGCUGGAAAGAGUUGAAGAGUCCAUAUAAUGUAACCUCCACCUGAGACUUGAAUCCCAUUUAGAGCAUCUCCAGCAAGUGGUCAUUUAUUAGACAGACAGAGCAGUCUGCUAAAAUUCCACUGGGUCUGAAUGUCUUUUGAAGUCCAAACUGGGUGGGAGGGAGGGGAAGCAAGUAACGAGGGAGAAAGAAAGAGAGAAGGAAGGAAUGUGUAGCUCCUAACCAUUGGAAGAUAAUUUGGCAAUUCAACACUACUUCCUUAAUUAUGACUUUUUCCUGUCUCCUUGGUCUCUGCUAGGUAUUGAGGACCCUUGAGAUUUCAGGGAAGGAUAUCAAUAUAAUUCAACUCCAUAUAUUGUCCCACUAUUUUCAAGUUUAUAUUUAAUACUUUCUAUUUCCUCAAGGAGACAGGAAAAAUAAAGAUAGGGUUUGUAUAAUGAUAAUAGUAAUGAUUGUAUCUAGCAUUUAUAUGAAAUUUUAAAAUUUGAAAAGAACUUUAUUUGUUUUUUAUUUGAUCCUCACCAAUUAAUUCUGUGAGGUAGGUGCUAUAAUUAUUAUCAGUGACAAAUUAAUGAGAAAAGGAAGUUGGGGGUGGUUUUCAGCACAUUUAACCAAAGAGAAUUAAAGUUGGACUAUUAGGAGUUGGAUGGUUCCAUUGGUUUAACCCAUCACUUUUUGGAAAGGCUGAUAAAGUGUGACCUGCUCCAGACAAAGCAAACACAUUCCCUGCUCAUAUGGCCCUCUUUUUUUUAAAAAACCCUUACCUUCCAUCUUGGAGUCAAUACUAUGUAUUGGCUCCAAGGCAGAAGAGUGGUAGGGGCUAGGUAAUGGGGGUCAAGUGACUUGUCCAAGGUCACACAACUGGGAAGGGUCUGAGGCCAGAUUUGAACCCAGGACCUCCCAUCUCUAGGCCUAGAUCUGAAUCCACCAAGCUACCCAGCUACCCCCUGGCCCUCCUUUUUUUAAAAGAUCAAGCUUUAAAUGAUCAGCAGAUUGACUUCAAAACCAUUCAAUCUUCAGUUUAGAUAAUUUAAAAAAUAGUUUGUGAAUCUUGGCCCAAGCUAGGACUAGAUGCUAUUAGCAUCUAAUAAACAUUAACUACAAAGAGUAGAAUAGGACAAAUGAAUGGAAUUUCAUAGGACCUUAUUACUUAGAGCUAGAAAGCAACUUAGAAGUCAUCUAAUUCAACCUCAUAAUUUUGCAGGGGAGUAAGUAAAGUUGGGGGGAAAUUAAAUGGUUUGUUCAAAUUUACACAAAUAAUAAGUAGAAACAGAAUUUGAACUCAGAUUCAAUGAUUCCAGAAUAAUAGUUCUUGAGUAGGCAGAUUUAAAUUCAAUAUGAAGCUGAACUUGCUAAAUAUCAGAGAUAUCCAACAACAUUAGAGAAUGCAUUAGAAUAGGUAAGCAGUUCCCUAUCACUGAAUAUCUAGGUCAAAUAGUUAGUGGAUAUACAAAAAUAACAAUGAAAAUGAAAGUCUCUUUCCCCAAAAAGCUUACACUCUAUUGGGAGGUUUUUAAUAUAUAUUCACAGAGAAGUAAGUGUGAAGUAAUUGGAGGAAGGGUUCAGGAAAAAACCAGUAACAACUGGGAAAAUUAGGAAAGAUCUCACUAAAAGGUGGCACCUGAGCCAAGCCCUGAAGGGGGUAAGAAGUUCCAAGAAACAGAUAAAGAGGGAGAACAUUACAAACACCCUAAGCAAAAGUAUGGAGAUAAUUCAUGUUCAAAUACCAAGAAUAUUAUAGACGAUAUCCAUGCACCAAGAUUAGAAGAAGCCUUAGGUCAUCAUAGGCUUUCAGAUUUUACCACAAUAUUCAAGAUUAUUUACAGGAUCAUAGAUUUAGACCUGGAAGACACCUCAGAGACAAAGACAUCCCCAAUUCCUUUAGUUCUCAACUCUUGGGUCUUUCAGUCACUAGGACCUGUCCCCUCAUUUUCUUCUCAAUAAUGGUAACUACCAGAGUUCACCAUGGAUCUUACUAAAUCCUAAGAACUCAUGGAUGUACCUCUAGUCAUUAGGCCACUUUUCUGAUCCUCCCUAUCUUGCCACCACUGGAAUAUAUGGGAUAAAUUGCUCCAUAUUUCAUAAAAUUCCCUCAUUAGACAAUCCCAUAUACCAUAUAAUCUUUGUUUCUAAAGCUACCCUUUCUCUCUUUCCAAAGAGAUAACAUACCAUAUAUUCUCCAUAUCACAUAUAUAUGUAAAUAUGGUGCACAGAUGGGUAUAUUUUUCUCUAUGCUUUCAGGUGAUUAAUUCUAAAAAGUCACUGGCUAUCUUAGAAUCAUAACAAUAUGUAAUCUCUGAACUUGAAGGAACCCCAGACAUCAUCUAGUUUAGCUUUCUACUCUAUUAGUCAUUUCCAAAAAGCGAUCAUCUGACUUAAAUAAGGAACUCCCAGUUUUUUGUGGCAGCUCAUUCCACUUCUUCAUUCAUUAGCUCCAAUUGUCAGGAAGUUUUUAUUUAUGUUGGUCUAAAGCUAACUCCCUGUCUGUUAUAGAUACAAUUCACAGAGUAAGAACAAAGGAGUGCUAUAUUCUCACUACUAGAUCCAUCAAGCUGCACAAUUGAUCAUGGACAGACCAUUAAUAGAGGAGGCAACAAAAAUUGAUUUGAACACAAUCUCAAAAUCUAGGGUACUUUUUUACCUUCUGAGUUCUCAAAAUUCAUGAAAAAGUGAAUUGACAGUUUCUGGCAGUUAAUACAAUCAUUAUAUUGAUCCCUUUCUGCAAUGUGUACUACCUGAAUAUUCAUUCUAAUUACCCUGUUUUGUUUUGUUUUGUUUUCAAUUAAGAGCUUGCAAACAAUUAUCUUAUAACCUCAUUUUCUGGAGCUUUUUUGUGGAUUUUAAUUCUUCAUCAGCACAUUCAUAGUAACAAUGAGAAGGAGCCUCUUCUACCUUUGUCAACAAGCUGUCAUCUUGAUUCCUGUGCCCUCCUUUGUCUACAUUUCUCAGCUUUGGAAACUGGAGUAUUUUGCUUAGUACCUUUAGUCUAGAGCAGGAAUUCUUAAUUUUGUAUCACAGACCCUUUUGACAGUCUGAAGAAGCCUAUGGAUCCUAUUUCAUAAUAAAGUUUUUAUUUUUUAAAAUAUUAUAAUUGAAGGAAAUAGAAAAUUUCAGUUAGAAGUUAAUAAAAAUGAAAAUAUAAUUAUUUGCCCUUUUUCCUGCACCGAGCCCCUGAAAUCUGUCCAAGCUUGCCAGUCUAAGACCACCACCGUACUUCCCCUACUCCCCAUACUUAAAGAAUGUGCUCAGCUCUCCUGGGCAAUGAAGGAAACCUCAAGAAAUUACUGAGGUUAACGCCCUGCUUCCAGGCAGAUGUUUAUCUCUUCUUAUCCAGGGACCCACAGAGAGCUCUGUUACCAAUUAGCAGGAUUGGCAUCUGGCCACUUUCAAACUAAGUUUUAAAUGGACUCCCUGGAAGGCAGCCAGACCACUUUAGUAUAGUAUUCCUCUGUAGAAUGUCCAUGACACAGCCCCCAUGUACAGUAGCCUCUAUGGACCAGCAGAUUACAGACCUCCUCUUCGGUAGUGUGACUCAUACAACAAGAAUCCUGAAAGAUGCAAAAGUACUGCUUGUACUGAUGUUUCUGAACCUGAUAAUAAAAUAUAACCUCCAGGAAGCCUUCAGCCAAAGUAGCCAUUUUAAUGUCAACUUCUCAAAAAUCUCAUUCUCCAAGAAAGUAACGUGGAAGAAUCUUCCUCUGAACUUAGAAAUGUACAUACAUACUACAUAUAUAUAUACAUAUAUACAUGUGUAAGCACAUAUGUGUGAGCGUGUAUGUAAAGUUCAGACAAAAUUAAGUAGAUGGAAGAGAAUCAUGAAAUCAGACAUAGUUCCUACCAGGAGGAAAUUAUAGUGAAAAUGGGCAAGAUAAGACAUAUACACAUGAAAAUAUAAGCAAUAUGAACCACAACACAAGAGGUGUCAUUAGACAGAAUAGCUCAUCUUUUCAACCUGCUUUCCUAAAAAAGUUUUUUUUUCCAAUCACUCCUCAUCUAUAACAUGAAGACAAGUCUGGUGUCUCCUCUGGUUCUAAACUUAUGAUCCUAUGACAUGAAUGGGUGUUAUAGACAAUAAGAAUCUUAGGUUCUUAUUAAGGGCAUUGUAUUCAAUCUCAUCAAAAUGACACUUUAUAGAAUAAUUCGAUAAAUAACUCAUCUUGAUAGUAAAAGAAGUUUACCAGUCAUAUAUCAAGAAGGAGGCACAAUAGGUAACUAGACAGAUUGGAUGUUGAAUUGGCAUCCUCAAAAUAUUAAAAGAGGAAAGCAUUUAAAACUUUGGGCAGAUACUUAAUGCAGAACUUACAGGAAGACAUGAAGGAGCACAGGAUGAGAAAGUACAAAUGAGUGGCAGUUUGCACUAGCAAAAGGAGUAUCCACACAGAGGAGAUCCUAGAUCCACUGAAAUAUGGUUGAAAUAUAUGCUUUAUGGUUAUAAAUCACUUUAUCUCCAUUAGCUCUACUGGUUGUCCCAGUAAGCCUGGGGAGCAAAUAGGGCAAGGAUUACCAUCCCUUUUUUACAGAUAAGGAAAUCAAGACUUAAGAAGAUUGAAUGAAAAAAAAAAAAAGAAGAUUGAAUGACUUACUCCAGGUAAUGAAGCUUGAGGAACAGAAUAGGAGUGUAAAUCUAGGUCUUUUCCAUUAUAGGGUCCCUCAAAUCCUUUAAUUUUUGUAAUUAUCCUGCUAUUUUUUAGUGAAAGACUUGAUCAUCUAAGCUGAUCAUUAAAAAUCCAGGUCAUGAAUCUGUAACAAACAAUGACACAGUUGCCUCUUCUCUCAAAUGUCUUUGAACUAUGGCUUAAUGAGGGCAAUCCUAAACGAGUUUAAUUCUGAAAAGACAUAUUAAAAUCAAUCUUUAAAGUACUCUGACAGAUAACAUGAAAAUCUAUGAUGAGCUACAUUUUUUUGCUAUAACCAUUAGAUGUAUAAUUUUAACAUCAUAUUGAAUUGUACAUAGUUGUAUAAGUUCUAAUAGAAUGUGGAUUUCUAUGUCAUUGAGUCUAGCCUACAUUUAUUUUUAAAAACUUAAUUUUUUACUAAAUGCAGUACGAAAGGUGCUGUGACCCAAACUUCAAACAUACAUAUGUUAUCAAUUCUUGUUCUCUAAUAUACUUUGUCACUACUUUUUUCUAUAUACUACUUGACACAAGAGAAAAGUCAUAUAAAAUGGUGGUUCUUAUGAUAUUGCAGCCCAUGACUUUCAAAGAGAAUUUUUAGUUCACCUCACUCCCUCCUACAAACAGUUGGGGAAAGAAUCUCUUCAGUGCUGGGAUUAUAUUUUAAAAAGCCAUAUAAAAUGAGGAAAGGGUCUUAUAAUUAUAGAACAUGAAAUGGUAGAAAUGUGAAGCAAUAUUAGAGGUCAGAGAACUAAAAAAUGUUAAAGCUUAGAAGAUAUUUGAAACAAAGAAAAGAACAUUAAAUAGAUUUGGAAAAAAAAAAACUUUUGAGAUCAUCUUAAUGAAUUCCUUUGCUUUAAAGAUGAGGAAACCAAGUCAGAGGGAUCAGAAGUAAUUUUUCCCAGAGUCAUUUGUCUUCUCUACGAAUCUCGCCAAAUGUGUUUAUGUGACAUUGGGCCAAACUGUUGAUUCAAUCAGUUCAAUGGGGGUAAAAUCCAUCUGACUUAUGAAUUUUGUACCAUAUUGACCCUUUGAGUGGACAGAAGCAAAUCUCUUCAAAGGAGAUCCUAUUAGCAAGGUCCCCCCAAAAAUGAAUAGACAUUCAUGUAUCACAUACAGGUAUCAUGUAUGUACCCCAAAGUUUCUAAAACUGCUUAACAAACCAUUUAUCAAGCCCAUAAAAAGGCCUCGGUAGCAGAGGUAAUAUUUUCUUUAUUAGCAGGCUAUCUCACUAACCUGUCAAUGACUUUCUGAUGAACUACUACAUAUAGUGUAUACUAUGGAUUCUUUUUUAUUUAAUUUGGAAAUUUUUAUUUAAUUAAUUAAUUUAGAAUAUUUUUUCCAUGGUUACAAGAUUCAUGUUCUUUACUUUCUCUCCCCCAACCCCUCCCAUAGCCAACAUGCAAUUCCACUGGGUUUUACUUGUGUCCUUGAUCAGAACCUAUUUCCAUAUUAUUGAUAUUUGCACUAGGGUGAUCCUUUAGAGUCUACGUCCCGAAUCAUAUCCCCAUCGACCCAUGUGAUCAAGCAGUUGUUUUUCUUCUGGGUUUCUACUCCUACAGUUCUUCCUCUGAAUGUGGAUAGCGUUCUUUCUUGUAAGUCCCUCAUGCUAUGGAUUCUAAAAAGUACCUAAGACACAGUGCCCAUGACUCAAGAUAGUAUAACUUAAUUGGGAUGACAAGAUUCAUAAUGAACAUCAAAAUAUAGUUGUGGAUUCAAAGCAGUGAGAAGACCUAACAAGUAGUAAAAUAAUAAAUGCUAUCAGAUUUCUGAAUUGGGAAAGAUCACUGUGGAUCAGGGAAACUUCAGAGGAGUUGAUAGUUGAGCUGAGCCUUAAAAGAAUGGGUAGGAUUUCUAUAGGAAGAGAUGGUUAUUAGCUAGGGGAGAAGGAUGACAGUUGGGAAACGUUAGAAGUGUGGGGAACAGUCAAUGGGAAGAAGAAAGGGAUAAAGUACUAAUGACCUUAACAGAAAAAGUUGACUAAUGCAUUGCAGUCUACACCUGGAAGCAGAUUAGUGGCUAGAGCUUGUUUCAGCUCCAGUUGUCCUGUCCAUGACCCUCCAUGAAUUUUUCUCUUUUUUAUAAAUAUGCAGCUAAGUGUCCUAGAUUGAAGCCUCAAUCAGGAAGACUUGGGUUUGGGUUCUUCCUCUGACACUUAAUCUGUGACCUCAAGCCAGUCAUUUAACUUCUCUCCAUGUCUAUAGGCAUGUCUUUAAGACUAUAAACCACAGAAGGCAUUAAUUGGCAUUAAUAGAGGGAAUUUACUCUUUGGGAACUACCUAGACCUCUGAGAUUCCAUGUUUAGACAAAUUAAAAUAAAAUAAUUCAUUGCUAUUCCUUUUCCAAGGCCCUCACCUUUUUGUGGCUAUAAAUGGGUCAAGUUGAUAUCAGAACAGGCUGACAUUCUCCUGGAACUAUGCCUGUAACAAACAGUGCUGGAAAUAUGAAUGAUACAUACAGAGAACAUUGGGAUUUGGUAUUUCCCUGGAAGUUUUACUAGUUUAUUGAAUGAAAAGAUAUUUUAACAUCUUUUUUUGAAUGUCCUUUCCUACUUGCAUAACUGGGGAAUUUCCUAACAAUGUUAAUACUGUCUCUCUUUUCUUGUCUUUUUAACAUUGUUAAAAAAUACUGAUUAAAGUAAGAUUUAAAUGUGCUUUUACGGAUCACAUUCACAAAGCUAAAAGGCUGUUUUUUAUGUAGAUAUUUUUGUUUAGUUGGCUUUGUAUGGACUGUUUACUAUUAUCCAGUUAUUGUCAUAUUAUAGCAAAUAUUUUCUCCAUAAAUACUUGGUACUAGUUUGUCUGUAGAUACAGAGCUUUCAAUAAAGAACAUGGUCAAUUAAUAAAGAAAA